UCAUCUGGUUCAGGAAAACCCUGGAUACAAUUAUUUUUGCUGGACCUCUGCCUUCCACUGAUGGAUUCUGGGUCUUGUGCUGGAAGGGAAUCUAAGAUGAAUUUAUGGGAUCUGGUGACUGUCUGCCUGGUGCUACUCAACUCGAUCUCGACCUUUCCGCUUCCCGCUGGUAAGAGACCUCCAGAAAAGGCCCGCUCAGUGCUAGGAAGAGCUGAAGAAGACCACACUACCAGCAGGCUGCUGAAUCCCUACGCUGGCCAAAUGGAUUCUAAUAUACUUGUGGAUUAUCCCAGCCAACUUGAGGAUGUGAUGGAUUUUAUUCAAACCACUUUAAAAAGACUAAAGAGGUCACCAGAUAAACCACGUUUCUCCAAACGGGAAAGAAACCGGCAAAAUGCAGGAAGGAACAAUAAUUCCAACAACAGGAAAGGACGGAGAGCUCAAAGGCUCAAAUCUAGGGAUUGUGUCUUAAGUGAGAUUCACUUAAAUGUGACUGACUUGGGUUUGGGAUACACUACCAAAGAAGAAUUGAUUUUCCGUUAUUGUAGUGGUUCGUGCGAGACUGCUGUAACCCUGUAUGACCAAAUUCUAAACAAUUUAACCCAAAAUAAAAAGUUGGUCAGUGACAAAAUCAGGCCACAGCCUUGUUGCAGACCCAUUGCUUAUGAUGAUGACGUUUCGUUUUUGGACGAUGACCUAUCAACUUAUCACAUACUGAGGAAACAUUCCGCUAAAAAAUGUGGGUGCGUUUGA